AUGCCGAACCCUGUGCCCGCAGCGGUACCGCAACAGUCCCCGCCGCCCGCUGUAAACCCGGUCUUUGAUCAGGAUAAAGAUCACAGUGCCGACGAGUCCUGGUCGGCUGUUGACAGUGACACUGGCCUUGCUCAAAAUGGAUCCUCGCGUGGCUUGAAACGCAGGCGGCCACUCACAGUCUCAUGUGAAUUAUGCAAGCAGCGGAAGGUCAAGUGUGACCGGGCUCAACCAAGUUGUGGGUGGUGCACCCGAAAUGGCCAGGUGUGUGAGUACAAGGAAAGGAAGAAGCCUGGUCUUCGUGCAGGAUACGGAAAGGAGCUGGAACAGCGCCUUGACCGUUUAGAAGAUAUCAUUCAAGCGCAGGCCCGUCUCAUCGAGACGCAUAUUCUUCAAGGCCAGCCGCGGCUGUCAGUGUCUCAUGAUGUGCACCAGCCAGGAUCUCUGUCCUAUAGUUCGCCAUCGGAGCCUUCUGCAGCACACGGGCCCAGUCCACGGAACCCAUUCUACUUCCACGAGCCAUCAUCUAUGCCCUCGGCUCCGCGUCCACCAGAGCCUUCCACCACAAGCCCAACGGAUGUGUCUGUGAAGAACUCGAUCCAGAGCCAAAUCACCAAUGGUCUUGCUCCGGUAGCAGCCUUACCACAGAUCACCAACACUACCGCGCAGAACGACUACAACGAUAAUGAGUCCUCCUUGAAAGUGCCCGUCAGUUUGUUCUCCAAUCAAGAGCAGUCGUUCUCUGACCCCGAGCUCGAUCUUCCACCUUAUGACCUGCUGUACGCGCUUGUGGAUCUCUACUUCGAGCACCUUAACACCUGGUGCCCCAUUCUUCAUCGCCGAACGACAUUGGACACUUUCUUUGGCCCUACCCCUCUUGAAGAAGCUGACCGCAUGGUGCUAUAUGCAAUUGUUGCAACAACUCUUCGCUUCUCCAGUGACAGUCGACUCACCGAACAAAAUCGAAAGCGGUACCAUGACUCUUCCAAGCAGAAAGUCCUGCUUUAUGGCCUUGAAAAUUCGUCAGUCAAGGCACUUCAGGCUUUAGUGAUCCUUGCCCUCGAUCUAGUCGGGUCAUCUAAUGGUCCACCUGGUUGGAAGCUACUGGCAUUAAUCACAAGGUCAGUGGUUCAGCUGGGACUAGCUGUUGAGUCCAAGUCAACCCUUAUCUCUCCGCUGUAUCCUUCAAUAUAUACCUUACGGGCCGUUACUCUUCCCGAGGCCGAAUCGUGGAUUGAAGACGAGGGCAGACGCCGGCUCUUCUGGAUGGUGUACCUUCUUGACCGUUAUUCUACCCUUGCAACCGCUUUCGACUUUGCUUUAGAUGACAAAGAUAUUGACCGCAAACUUCCAUGCAAAGACGAAUAUUUCAUCAAAAACCAGCCCGUCGAGACGAGGUGGUUCCAAUCCUCAAAUGACCGCCCAGACCAUCUCAUUCGUUCGGAGAACGUUGGCUCAUUUGGACUCUAUGUGGAAAUACUCGGUAUUCUCACACGGAUACAUGCGUUCCUCAAACGACCUGUCGAUAUUGGAGCUCUGUCGGAUGUCGAGGAAUGGCAAGCCACAUAUCGCAAACUAGAUAGCGAGUUGACCACCUGGGAAUUCAACCUCCCCACCGAGUAUACCUACGAGAAUGCAUCUCGAGCGUUCAGUGGCUCCAAGCACAAAGGGCACCACUGUGAUUGGGUUCAGCUACAUUCUGUUUACCAAACGGCGGUAAUCAGGCUCCAUUCCUCCGCUGCAUAUCCCACUACACGGUCCCCGAUCUUCACGCCAUCCUACAGUGCGAGUCAGCGUUGCUUGCUUGCGGUUGACAAUAUCCUUUCUGUAACUCGCUUUGUGGUGAACAACAAUAUAUUGGACAAACUUGGGCCGCCUUUUGCAUUUACUCUUUGGGUCUCGGCUCGGUUGCUGCUUGUCCACGGAUCCACAAUCGCCCAUACAGUCAGCCCCGACAUCGUCUUCAUCGUUGACACUCUGUCUCGAAUGGGCAAAUACUGGAAAGUUGCAGAGCGGUACAGCACAAUCCUGCAGAGAGUCCUUGAUGAAUAUGGUGAAUACCAGCAAGCUGGCGCAGUUGAUGGUGAUCGAUCCACGCCCUCUUCCGUCAAAAUUUUAGCAGAUAUGCGCCGGUGCGCCUUCGACCUGGACUUUUUGAUAUCGCGGCAACCCCGUUCGUCGCCAACCGCUAGUCAAGCAGCAGCUCCGACAGCAGGGAUGCCUUCCAGAAGCCUAGCUCCGAACGAAUUGGAAUAUCUAGACGUAUUCGGCUUCUUUAAUGUCCCGCGCGUACCCGCCGGUCGAACGCCUGAUAUCACCGGCCUUGACAUGGCCGAGGCUGUGAACAAUCCUAUGUCGAUACCUGGUUUGACCGGCACUGGAAAUUCGAAUCCUAUGGGUGUGGACAAUGCUUCAGUCAAUACGAAUGAGUUUAAUAUCACGAAUUAUCUGAUCCCAACUCCUGAGACAGACUGGCUGUUUCGGCCUGGAGGUUGA